GUAACCACCGAUGACAGACCACAAAUCGUCCAUUGAAGUCUCUCACCAUGCGGUCUCGUUCCCCAAGUCCCAGACGAUUUCCACCUUCCGAAUCUGGGAGAGAUAGAGACAAAGAAAGGGCGAAAGGGAAAGGAAAAUAUCGUCAUGAACGAGAUUACGAUUACGACGAACGAGAUCGCUACCAUACACGUCGCUCGCGCUCACCUGGUCCUCCUGCCCGCAGAAGUAGGAGCAGGAGUAGAAGCAAAGAGAGAAUACGGUUAAUAUCACCUCCUAAGAGUCCCACAAGUCAUAGGCGAAGACCUUCACGAUCGCGGUCAAGAGAGAGGGAUAGGAAGGGGGAUAGAAGUCGGAGCAGGAGUAGGAGUAUAACCGGACACAGCAGCAAAAGACGAUAUUACUCUGAAUCUAGGUCAAGGUCGGGGUCACGCAGUCGAGGACAUGGCCGGGAUAAAGAUAGCAAAAGGAGAAGAGGACGGUCGGAAUCUGUUUCGAGUGCUUCAUCCUCGGAAUCCGAACGGAGGCGACCUCGGAAAAAGGACAAGAGCAGCAAAAGAGAGCGGAAGGAGAGGAAGGAGAGAAAACGUGAAAAGAAGGAGAAGAAAGAAAAGAGGAAGAAAUCCAGCGUUUUAACGGCGCAAUGGGGAAAAUAUGGCAUUAUUUCUGAAAUUGAUAUAUUUACGAAAGGCCCCGAAUUCCAUACGUGGUUGGUCGAAGAGCGGAAGAUUAACCCAGAAACCAUCUCCAAAGACCAGAACAAGAAGGAAUUCGCUCGUUUCGUUGAAGACUACAACACGGCUACGCUUCCCCAUGAAAAGUAUUACAACAUGGACGCGUACGAAAAACGAAUGUCCGCCUUGCGUUCAGGAGAAUUUGUUCCUCCAGUAGAUGACGGUUAUGACCCAGAUGCGGAUAUGAAGGCUCUCAAGAGUGCUCAUAAACGCAAGGUUGUCGAUAACGACAGCUAUCUCAGCAGGGAACAACUCUCGGAGCUUAGACAGGUUCAGAACGAACGUAUUCAGGCGGGCAAGAUGAAACUCUUGGGAAUGGACAUCAAGCAGAAUAUGGGCGUCCGUAUGGAUGGGUCUUCGUUCGACGACUGAAUAAUCAGUUUUCGCAUGGCAUCAUUGCGCUUUCG